AUGCCGUCGCCGUGGGACGGUCCUGACGCUAGCGUUGCCCUGUCGGCCAGCAGCCCAGCAUUGUUGGAGAAGGCAAGGCCCAUCCGCCUGGGUGAUACGGUGCAUUUGCUGACCACCAGCGGCAAAUAUCUGGAAGUAAGUGGCGAUGACAUCCAAGCGCGGAACAGAAGUGGGCUACAACACCAGCGUUUCGUGGUUUGCCCCUACUUGAACUCUCAGGUGCCAGACAUGGCGGAGGAGCCAUUCCCAAAGAGGAAAUUGGCAAACACAGCGACCUUCAAGGGAAUGGUGGUGAGAGACGGAGAUGCCAUCUGCCUGAUGGCUUCCAACGGAUACUUCCUUGGGAUCACACAGGGGGAGGAAGAGGCGGAACCCAGCGGCCGCCGCGUUGUGAAGGCCGACUUCCCUGUAGGAUCCGUUCCUCCUUGUGCCAUGGUGAUGCGCACGGCCAGUCGCAGUAAGGAGGUCUUAGAUGGACAUGGAGUCUUCCUUCAAAGCUUAGCUUCUGCGCAGCUGCUGUGCUUCGACGACGCUUUCGCGGCGAAGAUGGAGCCGAAGCAACCGCCCGGCGAACUGCGCCAGAUCGGCUUUCAGGAGGAGCAACAACUUAUCAUCCAGGCUCUCCCCAGACCGCGAAGGUGGAAGGUGAACAGCAUUUCCCUCGAGGGUGAGCUACUGAAAUGGCCUGAAGUGGGUGUGCGGGUGCGUCAAGCCACAGCAUCCAAGAAAUUCGGCAUGACGGUGGACACCGACGUGUCCGGCUGGGUGAAGGUGAAAUGGGACCACGGUGCAGAAGAGAAGUGCCGCGUGGGAGCUGAGGGGACCUACGAUCUGUUGGUCAUCUCUUUGCCCUCCUUCACAGCCUCCGGAGCAGGUGGUGUGGGCAAGGCCUGCAAUGGCCAGUACGUCCGAGUUGGUAGCCACAAUGGGAUGCCAAAGUACCGCCAGGAACAGGGAGAUGCCAUCAUGUUCUUUGAAGACGAUGGCUGGAAGAUGAACUGCGAGGAUGAUACCAGGCAGUGGUUGUAUCAGCACCUGGACUCCGGCGCAAGCUUGCCCCCAUUGGGGCGUUGGGCGGUGCCCGUGGGCGGGCCCAACCCUUCGCCACAGCUGCAGGCAACAGCAGCGAAGGCCGCAGCCACGGAAGCAAGUGCAGUUCCCAGAGCCAUCUCUCCAAAGGUGAUUCGGAGGAAAUCUCCAUCGCGACCCAAGAAGAAGGAAGAGUUUCCGGCCGCACCAGAGCCUGAAGUCAUACGCUUGGGGGAUUUUGUGUACCUCCGUGGCAACGGUCGAUUUCUGCAAGCAGAAGGUGCCACUGUGAGCGCGCCCCGGAACCGAGCGGACCAGGAAUGCCAGCGCUUCUUGGUGUGCCCCUACUUGAAUGAGCACAAGGAAGCAGAUGCUGUGCUGCACUCCCCAGAAACACAGAAGCUGGUGAGUACCAAAACCUUCAGGGGUCGCAAGGUGAAGGAUGGAGACGCCAUUUGUCUCAUGGCAUGCAGCGGCUGCUUUCUGGGCAUCACGGGCCAGGUGGAUGGCUCAGUGACGGUUGGAGUCCUGCAUGGACGCCGAUGGGUCAAGGCAGACUUCUCCGAAGCAUCACCAUCAUGUGCCAUGGUGAUCAAGACUGCCGGCAAGCGCAGGGAGGUCAGAGAUGGUGAGCCUUUCUACCUUCAGAGUAUGGCUUCAUCACAGUUGCUGGUGGUUGAUGAGAAAGCCCAUGUGGCCGUGACUAUGCAGUCCAAACAGCCCCCCGGGGACUUGAUGUCAGGUCCGAAGCCGCACCAAGAGCUGAGCUUCAAAAAGGUGCCGAGAAGCCCUCCACGCCAGGUUCCACCUCGGAAUGUCAUUUUGAAGUGGUGCGCAGUCGGAGUUCGCGUGCGACAUAUCGAUGAGCCAGAGAGGGGUGAGGGGAUCACCAUAGCGGAAGAUCUACCUGGUUUCAUGAAAGUUCGCUGGGACAAUGGAGAGGAGACCCUGUGUCGCGUGGGCGCGGAUGGGAAGUACAACCUCUACGUCUUGGAGCCUGUGGCGGCCCGCAUCGAGCCGGUGGUGAAUCGCGAUGAGCAGGUGGUUGCAGAUCGCCCCCAGCACCCCCCUGUGCUGCAGCUGGGUGCUCGUGCUCCCCCGAUUCUUCGCAUGAGGGCCAUGGAUCCCCUGCAGGUGUGUUUCCGCUUUCCAAGUAGCAUCAUGAAGACGAUCAAAGAGGAGACUUGGAUGGGGCGCAAGCGCUACGGAAAGACGGCCGGAUAUUUGGUUCAGGUGGAUGUUGGUCUCAUUCGCCAACAGAAACUUCGCCCGGAGGAGACCUUGCCCAACAAGCAGAUCUCCUGCGACUUCCGCUGCGGAGUUCCACGACGAGUUCAACUGAGCAGCAAAGAACAAUUGGUGAAGACACAGCUGCACCCAAAGUUCUUCAACAUCUUUGGCCUUGCCGAAGUGGCCGUUUGCCUAGUGGUCAUGGAUCAUUCCAAGACGUCGCAUCAAUAUUGGACCCUAGUGAGCUACUCCAUGGUGUCGGUGUUCGAAGGGACAGAGGCUUUUGUGGAGGGGUAUGCUGGAGAGCUGUGGCAUGAGGCCCAUGGCGCCACUGGCCCCGACCUUAGCAUCCGAUCCCACGUCUUGUCCCAGGAGGAAGCCCCAAAGGUGGAGGCUGAGCCUAAGAAGCCAGAAGUGAAGGAGGUGGAAGAGAUUGACUCCGACAUCGAGUUUGUCUCCGAAAUGACCUUCACCGUGGACAUGAGGGACGAGCUGAAGGAUGAGGACAUGCAGCAGGAGAUGAAGCCCGAUGAUUUGGACGACCACGAGCGCCUCCCGAAGGAACACGAGGCCUGGCCACAGCUCUUUCCGCCUGCCAAUGCAAGCGCACAGCUACGGCACGACACUGAGAAAGCUGCGGCCGUGGCGAUGCAGGCUGGCGACUUCACGGGGGCAAUCAAUGUUUAUACCGAGGCCAUGAGAAGCGGUGGAUCAAAUCCACAGAUGCUCUGCACUCGUUCCGCAUUGUUGCUGAAGAUGAAGCGACCCUGCGCAGCCAUACGGGAUUGCACGGCUGCCUUGAAGAUCAACAACCACAUGGUGAAGGCCUACCGUUUACGUGGCAUGGCGCACCGUCGUUUGGGGCAUUGGAAGAAGUCCUACAGAGACUUGACCGAGGCCCAGCAACUGAAGUUCGACCCCGACACCUCCGAGAUGCACAAGUUGGUGGCCGGCAAGUUGGGUGUGACCCUCACGGGGCCCAAGGGAAACCAGGCUGAGCCCAAGAGAAGCAAAGCCAGGGAGUCCCGCUCGCCUCCCGUGCGGAUGUCGGUGCCGGAUCCGAUCAUUCCAGAGAUCCACUUCCCUCCGCCAGUGGCCGCACCGGAGCAGCCACUGGAGAAGGGCCAGGCAGUGAUAUUGGUAGGCUUGCAGAAGGCUCCCCAACUGAACGGCCGGCGAGGUGUGAUCGAGCGCGAGGAUCCGCGUCCCGCGUCUAAAGGACGAUGGGAAGUGGAAAUCCGAUUGGAUCAUGGAAUGCUGGAGGUGAAGUCAAUCAAGAGGGAGAAUAUCCAGACCCUCAACAAGGUUGAUCGCGAGGCGUGCAAGGCUUGGGCGAAAGCCGAAAAGGCGCAUAAGGAAACCAGGGAGACACGAGAGCAACAAGAAGAGAUCCAGAAGUACCGCAAUGUGGUUGAGGCCAAGUUGUCGAAACUUUCUCUCACCGAGAAAGCGAAGAACCUCCUGCGGACCCUGGGACCAGAGCAAUCGCUCAGUGUGCUGGAUCGCUGCGAGGGCCCUGCC